CCGAGGGACCUUGGCGGCGGCCUUUGGCCUCCCUCCUGAGCACAGCCAUGUCUGGUAAUGGCAACGCGGCCGUAACGGCGGAAGAAAACAGCCCAAAGAUGAGAGUGAUUCGCGUUGGCACCCGCAAGAGCCAGCUGGCUCGCAUACAGACUGACAGUGUGGUGGCAAUGCUGAAAGCCUUAUACCCAAGCCUGCAGUUUGAAAUCAUUGCUAUGUCCACCACAGGGGACAAGAUUCUUGAUACUGCACUCUCUAAGAUUGGAGAGAAGAGCCUGUUUACCAAGGAGCUGGAACAUGCACUAGAGAAGAAUGAAGUGGACCUGGUUGUUCACUCACUGAAGGACCUGCCCACUGUGCUUCCUCCAGGCUUCACCAUUGGAGCCAUCUGCAAGCGAGAGAACCCCUGUGAUGCUGUUGUCUUUCACCCAAAAUUUGUUGGGAAGACCCUAGAAACCUUGCCAGAGAAGAGCGUGGUGGGAACCAGCUCCCUGAGGAGAGCUGCCCAGCUGCAGAGGAAGUUCCCACAUCUGGAGUUCAAGAGUAUUCGGGGAAACCUCAACACACGGCUUCGGAAGCUGGAUGAGCUGCAGGAGUUCAGUGCCAUCAUCCUGGCCGCAGCUGGCCUGCAGCGCAUGGGCUGGCAGAACCGGCUGGGACAGAUCCUGCACCCUGAGGAAUGCAUGUAUGCUGUGGGUCAGGGGGCCCUGGGCGUGGAAGUCCGAGCCAAGGACCACGACAUCUUGGAUCUGGUGGGUGUGUUGCAUGAUCCUGAGACUCUGCUUCGCUGCAUUGCUGAACGGGCCUUCCUAAGGCACCUGGAAGGAGGCUGCAGUGUGCCAGUAGCUGUGCAUACAGCUAUGAAGGAUGGGCAACUGUACCUGACUGGAGGAGUGUGGAGUCUGGAUGGCUCAGAUAGUAUGCAGGAGACCAUGCAGGCCACCAUCCAUGUCCCUGCCCAGCAUGAAGAUGGCCCUGAGGAUGAUCCACAGCUGGUGGGCAUCACUGCCCGGAACAUUCCACGAGAAGCCCAACUGACUGCUGAAAACUUGGGCAUCAGCCUGGCCAACUUGUUGCUGAACAAAGGAGCCAAGAACAUCUUGGACGUUGCACGGCAGCUUAACGAUGCCCACUAACUGGCCUGUGGGGCACAGGUGCCUAGGUUGCUGCCAUCUGUCCAGUGCCUACAUCCCAGCCCUCAGUGCCCCCUUCUCACUGCUGACUGGGGAGUGAUCACCCCAGUUAUCGGGUUGAACAGCAGGGUCAGAGACUUCCACGGACUUGCCUCACCUUGGGGCCUUGGUGACUGCCUUGCCUUCUCGGUAGGUGGAGGCUUCAUCUCUUUACAGAAAGUCCAAACCACAGCCUUUGAAUGUUACCAACUUUACUAAUAAACCAGCUCUGAAGGUG